UAAAAAAUUAACGCCUAUUAGUGGUUCCUGAUCUUAAUUAGCCGAAGAUUAAACAUACAGGAGCUCUGCAGGAAUCAUUACUAAGCAGCAAAACGUGGUGAGUCCGUCUCCAUAUAAAGUAGAAGAUGCAGAGAUCAUCGAGCAGUUCUUGGGUGCCUGAAGAGUCCUUCAAGAACACCAACACUGACAAAGAUCAGCUACAGCUUCCCACUUACAAUCCUCUUUCCGACGUCGCCAAGAAGGAGAGGUCUCGUCUCAGAUCUGCGGAGAACGCAAUCCAUCUUGUUCCUCUUGUUCUAGUUCUCUGUGCCAUCAUCCUUUGGUUCUUCUCCAACCCAGAAUCAAGGGUUUGAUAAUUGAUGGAAAACCUGUUCCGUUCCAAGAGAAGCUUUUCAUAGAGCUGAAACCCAGAACACUUCAAUCCAACAAAUACAGCUAUUUUAUUACCUCUGAUCUGAGGGGCUAGCAUAUAACACGACCGAAAGCACUACUGCUGGGUUCAUUUAAACGUAAGACUGAUUUAGUCUCUGCUAAUAUGCUAAAGCAGUAAAAUUUCUUUUGCCACAUUUAUACAUCAUUGUAGAAGUGUUAUGGUUAAAAGUUUACUUUAUCUGCAAAAAUUUAAUGCGUAUAGCAGCUUUGAUUGAAUGAGGUAGGACCUAUGCAUUUAGUUUAGGCUGGGAGAAAUGACAAAUACCUAUUUUUUUC